UCAGGUGCCAUUAAAGCUGGAUUUGCUGGGGAACAAACACCAAAAUGUUGUUUUCCAAAUUAUAUUGGACGACCAAAACAUGUUAGAGUAAUGGCUGGUGCUUUAGAAGGAGACACAUUUAUUGGACCGAAAGCUGAAGAACAUCGAGGUUUGCUAUACAUAAAAUAUCCUAUAGAACAUGGUAUUGUAACUGAUUGGAAUGACAUGGAAAGAAUAUGGCAAUAUAUUUAUGGUAGUGAUCAACUUCAAACAUUUUCCGAAGAACAUCCUGUACUGUUAACUGAAGCUCCUCUAAAUCCACGACGAAAUCGUGAAAAAGCUGCAGAAAUAUUUUUUGAAACUUUCAAUGUUCCUGCAUUUUAUGUGUCUAUUCAGGCAGUUCUUAGUUUAUACGCUACUGGUCGCACUACUGGAGUUGUUUUAGAUUCUGGUGAUGGAAUCACUCACACUGUCCCGAUUUAUGAAGGUUUUGCUAUGAAACACGGUAUUAUACGAUUAGAUUUAGCUGGCCGGGAUAUAUCAAGAUAUCUCAAGUUAUUACUAAGAAAAGAAGGUUUAAAUUUUUCUACAUCAGCAGAAUUUGAAGUAGUUAGAGCAAUUAAAGAAAAGGCUUGUUAUGUAGCUCUAAGUCCAGUUAAAGAAGAAUCAUCUGAUAGUAAUAUUUAUCAAUAUAUGCUACCUGAUGGAAACAAAGUUGAUAUUGGACCGGCUCGUUUCCGUGCUCCAGAAGUGUUAUUUCAUCCAGAUUUAAUUGGUGAAGAAUGUGAAGGAUUACAUGAAGCAUUGGUAUAUUCAAUACAAAAAUCUGAUUUAGAUGUACGAAAAAAAUUAUAUCAAAGUAUUGUCUUAGCUGGAGGAUCAACUCUUUUAUCUGGAUUUGGUGAUAGGUUAUUAUCAGAAAUUAAGAAACUAGCACCUAAAAAUAUGAAAUUAAAG